UCACUAUUUUUCCUUCACUUUCUUAAUUUCUGGCUCUCUAAACCUCUCUCUUUCGACCCAACGUCUCUUCCAAUUAUCAUCCUCGCCUUUCUUUAUUUUUUCCCCUUAAAACAUCGCCGCUUCCUGUCCGACACGCAUUUCUAUUAAAAUUUCUUGUUUGGUGUAUGGUAAUUAGUGUUCGUACAUCCCCUCUGUAUCAAUAUUUUAUCUAGGGUUUCUCUUUGGGGCAUUGGAUUACACACACCAGAUUUUACCUAGGAUUUAUUUAGCAGAUCACCAACCUUGUCAAGAUUAGUCGUAAGUGCGAUAACCUGUUCUAUAAUAAAUGUAAGAGCUUCACCAGAGAGUAAGAAUAGAGGCGAAUGACCAUUGGGGAUGAAUAAUAAUACUUUUGUAUUAUCCAAUAGGUAUGCAGAUUGAGUAGUGUGGGUCGGCUAGUUCUUUAUAUCUAGCCUGUAUGAGGCCCAUAUUGUCACCGAUAGUAUUGUGGUUUGUAGAUUUUGGUUAGGCUUAUGUUUGGACAAAAUAUGCAGAAGAGUCUCAAUCUUCCCGAGAAUAUUAAUUCAUUGAGAGUGAUGCCGCAACAGUCUCUCCGUCGUCUUAGCAGCAGGUGUUCCCAGAUAGCAACUGGACAGCACUCCUCCCCAGUUGUCUUUCCAGAAAAACGUAGUAAAGUCAAGUCUACAAAACAAAAUGAGGUUAAUGUUUCCAUUGGUGAUCCAGAGAAAGUGAAAUCUCAAGACCACAGGAUUGACAUUGGAGAUGAACAGUCUGAUUUAUUGGGUUAUGAAGUCUUCUCUGGGAAGCUAGCCUUGGAAAAGAGAACCACCAGUACAAGUAACUUUCAAACAUCCACCGAAAUCACAAACCAAGAUGCAGUGGAUGCUAAACUUACCAGUAAGGCACUGAUUUGGGGAUCUCAUGUGCUUCGCCUGGAGGAUGUAGUUUCUGUUUCGUAUUGUGUAGGCAUCAGACAUCUCACCGUGCACUCUUACCCAAUAAAAAAGGGAUCAUGUGGUCUUUCAUGUUUUAUAAAACCCCGAAGAAGUCGAAAGGACUUCCGUUUCUUGGUUAAUAGCCCAGAAGAAGCCCAUCAGUGGGUUACUGGAUUUGCAGAUCAGCAGUGUUUUGUGAAUUGUUUACCUCAUCCCUUGGUUAACUCUAAGGAGGAGUCGUCUAACAUAAUGAUCAGUGAUUUUCCUCUUGAAUAUAUCAAAUGCAAAAGUCCACCAAGAAUGCUCGUGAUAUUAAAUCCACGGUCUGGACGCGGUCGUUCGAGUAAAGUCUUUCAUGAAAAGGUGGAACCCAUAUUUAAGCUUGCAGGGUUCAACAUGGAAGUAGUCAAAACAACAUCAGCUGGUCAUGCUAGAAAACUGGCUUCAAGUGUUGACUUCACUACAUGUCCCGAUGGUAUUAUAUGUGUUGGAGGUGAUGGAAUUGUUAACGAGGUUCUGAAUGGUCUACUCAGUAGGAAUGACCCAAAGGAAGCAAUUUCAAUUCCGAUAGGCAUUAUUCCUGCUGGUUCAGAUAAUUCACUAGUUUGGACAGUACUGGGAGUAAGAGAUCCGAUAUCUGCUGCUUUAGCUAUUGUGAAGGGUGGUCUUACACCUACAGAUGUUUUUGCCGACGAGUGGAUACAAACUGGUGUUAUUCACUUUGGAAUGACAGUGUCAUACUUCGGUUUUGUUAGUGAUGUAUUGGAACUUUCAGAGAAGUAUCAGAAGCGUUUUGGACCGCUUCGCUAUUUUGUUGCUGGUGUCCUGAAGUUCUUAUGCUUGCCAAAGUACAGCUUUGAAGUGGAGUACCUACCCGCAUUAAAAGAGGACAGUGAGGGAAAAGUCUCAGCAGAUCGUGAACCACUGGAUAUGUCAGACCUCUACACAGAUAUUAUGAGGAGAUCAAGCAAAGAAGGGUUCCCAAGAGCUUCUAGUUUAUCGAGUAUUGAUUCAAUGAUGACCCCUAGUCGGAUGUCAGGAGACUUGGACACAACUGGCAGCACGCAUGCCAGCACUGAGCCAUCUGACUAUGUACGCGGUCUCGACCCAAAGUCGAAACGUCUGUCAUCUGGUGGAAGAGGCAAUAAUGCGACGGCAGAGAGAGAAGAAGUUCUUCAUCCUCAGAUGCCUCUAUCAACGACACCUAACUGGCCCAGGACCAGGUCAAAAAACAAAACAGAUAGUAAAGGAUGGGCAGGUAUGACUGCUGCAUAUGAUCCCACCAGAUCUUCAUGGGGAAAUGCUGCAACUAAUGACAAAGAAGAUAUCUCAUCUACAAUGUCUGAUCCUGGUCCAAUAUGGGAUGCGGAACCAAAAUGGGAGGCUGAGAGCAACUGGGAUGUGGAAAACCCCAUUGAGCUUCCAGGGCCGGUGGAGGAAGCUGAAGAAGGGAUAGACAAGGAAUCUGCUUCCAAAUGUGAGGAGAAAUGGGUCAUCACAAAGGGUCACUUCCUUGGUGUACUGAUAUGCAACCAUUCAUGCAAGACAGUCCAGAGUUUGAGUUCUCAGGUAGUUGCACCAAAAGCUGAGCACGAUGACAACACUUUGGAUCUUCUGUUGGUUCAUGGGACUGGACGGCUGAGAUUGUUGAGGUUUUUCUUGCGUCUGCAGCUUGGUCGACACCUUACGUUGCCGUAUGUGGAAUAUAUCAAGGUGAAAUCAGUAAAAAUCAAGCCAAUUAAAAACACCAGUAAUGGGUGUGGUAUUGAUGGGGAAUUAUUUCCUGUAAACGGGCAAGUGAUUUCUUCAUUGCUUCCUGAACAGUGCAGACUUAUUGGUCGUCCUCCCACCCAACGCAUAUAAAAGUCUCUCCCCAGUCUUUUUCGCCUUGUUUUGAAGCCUUCUUCUUGGAUUAUGGCGUUUUUUUAUGCUCCCUCUAUCAGUCCACUUGAAGUCACUCGUACAGGAUGUGGUGGUGGAAUAUUUAUGGCAUUCACAUAAUUGCAUUUAUUUUCCCUUCAACGGCCAUUUUGUUUUUCUCAUGUUCUAUUUCAAUCCCCUCAUUUUCCAUGGCGCAUCAGAGGUCCUUGUAAAUUUCUGAGAGAUACUGCAGUAUCACUUUUUUUUCUUUCUAUUUGUUGUUAGCUUGUAUCUUGUCCCCGGUCAUCGCCUCGUGUUGUCUGCUGCUGCUUCCUGUUGGCUCCACUUGUAUUUGGUAGCUUUUUGGCAUUUCAUUGUUGGAUUGUUUUCUUGAUAUGUAUUUGUAAAAAGAAAAGCAUCUGCUGUUGGAUGUUUCCUGUGUAGUUAUUUGUACCUCGUUAUUAUGAUAUUAAGUUAUAUUUGUUGGAAU